GAUGAGCUGUAUGCUGAGAUGAACUUGGUUUUUGCACCAUAUCGGCGUCCUCUUUGAGUCCAGUACUUGAGUCCUGGACCAGUAGAGUCCCCCCUAAACUCAUGCAAACAGGUCACUGUUCCAGUGGUGAACUGUAUGUCCUCAGCGUUUGGCAUCAACAGUACGGGGACAAGGAAUGGCAGACUUUCAAAUGAAGGAUUACUCGUUACAAAAACAUAUAUAUUUACUUUAUUUUUAAUAAAAAAUUAAAUGUGUAUUUUGUCUCAUUUGUUGACGUCAAACACCUCUGGGCAUUUGGCCAUAUUCUAUAUGUAGGCUAUAAAAAUAUGGAUAAUAAGUUCUGUUCUAGUGUGCAAAGCUCAAGCCUUGACUUGACUGCAUGUGGCCGUAAAUGUAAUGGAUUGGUUUACUAAAUUUUUUUAAACAUACACGAAACAGUUAGCUUAUUUCUUUGCAUUUAAAGACUAGUUUGAAAUAUGAUAACGUUUCCAUUGGUUAUAUAGCGGGUUAUUUGUAGAUAUUUUACUGAAUAAACAGUUGCAUGCAGUUUGCGUUUUAUUUUCAGUUAUGGGUUGUUAAAUCGCUGGAAACAAACGAGUUGACCAUCUCCCAUUCAUAAUAACAAUGUCGUUUGACUGCAUCAGGAUUUAAUAUAAUUACAAGAUGACCAAUGUUUAUGACUGCAGUUGAUGCACAGCAUGGUUUUCAACAACGGUACACCGGUCCCAAACCGGUUUCAGAUAAGCAGCCGAUGUAAGUUCCCGGUUUGCCGAUAGGGGUGAUCAUCAGUCUGUUGUCCGGUAGCACGUUUUUUCUUGCAGAAUUGCGGAUGUGAGUUGCAUACAUUGAUGCGGAAAAAGAGACGUCCGAUUUUGAAAUGCAUGUUUAGAUAAUGUUCAACACUCGGCGCUAUGAAUCCCGAAGAGCAAACGGUGACUUGGCUGAUAUCGCUGGGAGUACUCAGUUCUCCUAAAAAGAACAUAGGUGACCCAGAGGACUUUCUUAAAACAUCGCUUAAGGAUGGAGUCGUUGUGUGCAAACUUAUCGAGCGAGUUGUACCUGGCUUCACUGCCAAGUACUGUCAAGAUCCGAGGACCGAAGCAGACUGCAUAUCCAAUAUUCGGGAGUUUCUAAGAGGAUGUACGUCAUUGAAAGUUGAGGGCUUUGAGGCCGAGUGCUUGUACACAGGGGAGCAAUUUGGCAAGGUUCUGACCACCCUGCUGGCGGUCAACUUUGCCACACAAGACUGUGCCACGGAGAGAUCAUGUCCACCGCAGGGCUCCAUUGCUUCUAGUCCCUCACAUAACCUCUCCUCUGUCAAGUCCAAAGGAUCGCUACGCAGACAAUCCAAAACAGCGGAGAUGGGGGAGAACGGCGGGGGCGGCCAGGCCAUGGUGAAGGCCCGCUUCAACUUCAAGCAGAACAACGAGGACGAGCUCUCCUUCAACAAGGGCGACCUCAUCCACGUGUCGCGGCAGGAGGACGGCGGCUGGUGGGAGGGCUCGCUGAGUGGCCGGACGGGCUGGUUCCCUAGCAACUACGUCCGCGAGGUCAAACCCUGCGAGAAGCCGGGGUCUCCUAAAGGAACUCCGCUUACCAAAAACUACUACAGUGUGGUGGUCCAGGACAUCUUGGAGCAUGAGCGGGAGUUUGUGAAGGAACUGCAGACCGUGCUGGGCUGCUAUCUGCGGCCGCUGCAAGCCAGUGACAAGCUGAGCAGCGCAGACAGUGCCAGUCUGUGUGGGAACCUGGAGGAGAUCCUGACUUUCCAGCAGGGCCUGUGUGUGGCCCUCGAGGAAUGCACCAAAGUCCAAGAGAGUCAGCAGCGCGUGGCCGGCUGCUAUCUCAACCUGCUGCCUCAGAUCAGACACCUGUACCUGGCCUACUGCUCCAGCCACCCCUCGGCGGUGUGCGUCCUCACCGACCACAGUGAAGAGCUGGAUAAGUUCAUGGAGAGCCAGGGGGCCAGUGGACCAGGCAUCCUGACCCUCACCACCAGCCUUAGUCGGCCCUUCAUGAGGCUGGACAAGUACCCCACGCUGCUGCAGGAGCUGGAGAGACACGUGGAGGACGCCCACCCAGACUAUGGCGACAUUGUGAAGGCGAUGGCAGCUUUUAAAAACCUAGUGACGCAGUGCCAGGACCUGAGGAAGCGUAAGAACCUGGAGCUCCAGAUCCUGUCGGAGCCGGUGAGAGGCUGGGAGGGAGACAGCAUGAAGAGCCUGGGCAGCGUGGCCUACAUGUCCACCGUCCACACGCAGAGUGGCACCAGCGAGGAGAAAGAGGAGUGCUACCUGAUGCUGUUCCCUAAUAUGCUGGUCAUGCUAUCGGCUAGCCCCAGGAUGAGUGGCUUCAUUUACCAGAGCAGACUACCUCUGACGGGGGCUACAGUGACCAGACAGCCAGAGGACCCAGAGACCGCCCACUAUGCCUUCGAUAUCACAGGGAGCGUGAUGGAGCGUCUGACGGUGUUCUGCAGUACACUGCAGGAUUACCAAGAGUGGCUGGAGCACCUGCAGCCCUACAUCAAAGGAGGCAGUCCUGUGGGCACCAUCCAGAAGACGGCAGAGGGUAAGCCUCUGAGCAUGGUCGGCACACCCUCCCACCUGUCCCACCUGGGCAGCUUCAGCGUGGGCAGCCGAAGCCCCCUGGAGCCCCCCAAGCUGAGCAAGCCCUGGUCCCUGAGCUGCCUGCGCCCCGCGCCCCCUCUCAAACCCUCUGCCGCUCUGGGCUACAAGGAGGUAGGGAAGCCCGUCCACGUCCAGAGGAUGUCUUAUAUCAUGAAGGACUCCAGCAAGAGCCCGCGUCCCAUAAAGAAGUUCCUGCCCGGGAACCGCAAGAAGGACAGGAAGCCCUCUGAGGAUGACUCCCUCAUCCGGAAAAGCACGGCGGCGUUGGAGGAAGACGCCCAGAUCCUGAAGGUGAUCGAGGCGUACUGCACCGGGGCCGGCCUGCACCAGAGCGCCUCAGUGAGGAAAGAGUGUGGGCCUCAGGUUCUGCUGCCAGAGGAGGAAAAGAUCAUUGUGGAGGAAAUGAAGAGCAACGGCCAGACCGUCAUCGAGGAAAAGUUUUUCAGAAGCCUGGUUGAUGCCGUGUAUGCAUUAAAGGACGAGGUUCAUGAAUUGAAAAAGGAGCACAACCGGAUGAGGCAGUUCCUGGAGGACGAGCAGAAGUCCCGUAAGGACCUGGAGCGAGUGGUGCGCAAGCUGUCCAAGCAGAAGAACGACAUGGCGUGGGACGACGCCAACCACUGAGCACAGUCUGCUCCCUCCCCCCCCCCCCCCGCCUCACCUCCUCAUGCUGGUUGGGGGUAGGGGUCGGGCGGGGGGGGUCCAGCGUCCAAUCGAUGGUACAUAUAUACGUAAGCAUGCUUUAAACGGGGCGGGCACGUCUGUCUGGCUCUGUCCGGCCGUCCGUUUUUCCUUAGUUACUCCUCGCACCGUUAUUUUCCGCAUUUUGAAAGUGGAGACCCCCCCCCCCCCCCCCCCUCCCCGUGGACACGGCC